AUGCUGGACGGAGGCGAUGGAAAGAUGGCGGCGGCCAUUGUACAAAUGGCAUGUUUGUACCGAGGGAUGUUAGCGGUCAGGGCCACCGGCAUCAGAACGCUGAUCCCCGGGCUGGUCCCGGCGCAGUUCCGGGCCUUCUCGGUGCGGAAGGAGCCAGAACUGGAGGAGAACCCGUACUUCAGCAAGUACCAGGACAAAAUCCAGAAGCUGCGCAGCGCCAAACCACAGGAGUACAAGGCCCGACUUGAGAACCGGCACGAGGCCAAGAAGGAUGUGCUGGGACACUCGAAGCAAGCGGAGUUCAUCGGGCUCAUGGAGCAGGAGUUGGAGAAAAAGGACAAGAUGGCUGCCAGCGGCAGAGCGUCAGGAGGUUUCACAAAGAACAAGACACUGGACUCUAUCCUCGACCUGGAGCUGAUCGGGGGCAUGACGGGCGAGGAGAUCUCUGAGCUUUGGAUGAAUUAUUAUUCGAGCAAAGACACGAUCAGCGCCGUCAUCCCGACACCGAUGUACGAGGUGAUGUUGAGCAGAUCAAAGUCGUGCCGUGCGUUCCUCUACGCUUUGCCUCAGAGGGAGGGCUACGAGUUCUUCUUGGGUCAGUGGUCCGGACACGAGCUCCACUUCACCUCCCUCAUCAACGUCCAGAUGCAGGGCGAGAACGCUCCCAGUCAGCUGAUCCUCUACCACUACCCAGACCUGAAGGAUGAGAAGGGUGUGGUCCUCAUGACUGCUGAGCUGGACCCCAAGUUCAUUACCGUCCACCAGGCUCAGUGCUUGGCUAACCAGGUGCAGCUGUUCUACGGCACGCAGAGGCAGGAGACGUACCGAGUGGUAGAGACAUUUAACCACCGCCCUGCAGACUUCAAGCACAUGUUGGUGAUAGCGGAGCUGGAACAGAGCGGCUUGGGGUCGGCGGUGGUCCCCGGGGGAUCGUAGGGACGCCAACCAGCUCGCCUACAGUCGGAUUCCCAGGAACCGUCAUUUAAAGUGAUGGAGGGACAUGUGCUUCUUUGCUCAGCACGUCCCACGAACAUACACCCGUUCUUCAUACUGGAUAGCAGCGGUUAUGAUUCAGGCAAAAAAAUAAUUAAUUUAAAAGAGGAUCAGUAGCUUCUCAUGAACUCUGUCUGGGACUUGAUCAUCUGCUACACACCUUCAUUGUGCAUAUGUGUUGCCACAGGAUAGUGAUGAGGUAUUCAUCAGUUCUAUGAUAAAUAAAUCCCACUGGACCAGAAGGACAUUAUUUGCAUCGUAGCUAUCCCUGAAAACCCAUUGGAUGUUUAAUAAAUCACCUUACAAACCUUAAAAUCUUUGUAUCUGCUGUGUUUCAGUAAUAUGUACACACAACAGGACUGAAUCUUACACAGUAAUAUCCUAAUGAAGCCAGCAAUGUCAGCAAACCACUACUGCUAGUAACCAAUAACUAAAAAGUAGCAUUGUGAAGGAAUAAAUAAUCUAAUACAUUAUAUUUGUGUGUAAUAGACAUUUACUAUCAUUUUGAGGUAGUAGAGAGGGCUGAAUCACACUGAUGCAGCUGACAGUAGCUCAUUAUUCACUUUUAUUGUAUUUAUACAUGAAAACAAUACUGUGCAAAUCCCCAAAUGCAGUCAUUAAGGGAUGGUCGGAUAUUCAGUCAAAAAAACGCAAAUGAGAGGAAAACGUAUUCCUCUUCACAACAGUCGUGACAAAUAUUUACUCAGUCGCACAAAUACAUCGUUCAGAAAGCUGAAGAGGAAAGAGUGAACCAGCUUUUUCUUCGACUCACCAGAAAGUAACUUUGUGAUCACAACAUGAAUUUAAUGAUUAUGAGGAUUAAAAACAUCCUGCGCCUUUGCAAUUUUUUUGAGAUUGCAUCACGGCACAAUUACGUUGUGAUCAUGUGAAAACAUGAGAAAUCAUUAUUUGUCUCCUCUGGCUGUAUGUACUCAUCACAAUGGACCAUCAUGGCACAUACAUUGUUCAGAAAAGUAAAAAAAGACAGCAUUCGUUUUUCAACAUUAAUGUGCUACAAUUCCCACGUCUAGUUAUAUCAGAAUUUUACAAACAGUUCAAACAAUGUUAAUUAAAAGAAGAAAAAAACAAUCCAUGAACAUCUUCAUCUCUAGUUUUCUAAUAUUGGCUGACUGUAACAUACAGUACAGUGGUUGGACACCAUUAAGGACACAAUAGAUACAACACAAUACAAAAAUGCAACGCUUUGGACACCACAUGCUUUUCCUACAGUCUCCCAGUAUCACAUUUCAUUUAAAAAAAAACAAAAAACUCCCAACCUCUCACAUGUUCAUUAUUGAGACAUCAAGUCUGCAAUACAUUAACAGAUUUGUCCUUUUCAAUAUUCACAGUGCAUGAAAGUACCAAAACUACAAAACAAUGGAUCAAAACCUCUGAAGUGCCUUUAAUCAUCUAAAAAUAUCAACAAAAACAUUUCUCCAAGAACGGACCCAUCAUAGUAGAUGUACAAUGUACAGGAUCAGUAAUUAACCGAUUCAAAUCUGGAGCACUUAAGUGGUUGAACAGGACUGUUAUAUUUUUCUUCUGAGGUUACAGAAUACUGUAAGACACAAGAAAUAUGGAACUUGCUUUUACAACUUUACACUACACAUAUGUACGGUAAGGUUAACGUAAAUGAUGUAAGAAGAAUUAAGUGAAGGAGCUUUCAGUAAGAUGUUGCCAGCUGCGUCGCAACAUCGGCAAGCUGGGUGCAAUAAGACCUAAACGCUACGUUUGCUUUCAAGUGAGAAUCCUAAUUUGCUCGUCAUCACCUGUUUUUUAUUUUGUGUUAGUCUCAGUAGUUUGCUGAAAAAACUUCAAUGUAGUUCAGUAAUAUUAGAAAUGAUUCUUUGACUGUCUGUGGCUUGCUGUCUCAAAAUAAUUCUAUAGCAGCCUACAUCUAACAGUGUCUUUGCGUUCUGUCUCAACGCACCUUUUGUCUCCCAGGCAGCACACAGGAGUACAGCACACUCCUCAGACUCUGGAAAAUGAUCAUGGCAUCAAUAGCCAGGUCUUCACUCUUGAAAGGUAAAAUGUAUUAAACUACGUGUUAGUAGGUGUUCUAACCUGGUAUGUUUGCUUCCACAUAUUUGCUAAUCAACGAAGUUGGACAUUUGACUGAUGUAGCAAUAAAAAGAAGCCAGGAACAAUGUUACUGGACAAACCGUG